UUUCUCGCCGAUAUUUCGACUCCGAUCGCGGAUUAUUAUGAAUGCCCCCCUACGUUUCUCUAAAUUUUUAUUUUAGUCCCCGGAGAGAUCGAGAGCUAGGGUUUUCGGAGCUCGUGGAUGGCGGCGAGGAUGAUGCGGUGGAGGCCGUGGCCUCCACCGGCGGCGGGGAGGAAGGUGGAGGUGAGGCUGAUGGUGCGGCGUGUUGAAAGAGUUCCAGUGAUGGAGGAGGAGGACAGGGUGACAGCGGAGGUGAGGUGGAAGGGAGGGAAAGGGGGGCUUGGAGCGCUGAGGAGGGGGACGAAGAGGAACUGGACGAGAGGGGAAGGGGUUGGGGAUGAUGGGGUUGUUGUUUUAGAUGAGGAGUUUCGGAGCGUUUGUAGUCUUAGUGCGCAUAAGGAGAAUGUUUUUCAGCCGUGGGAGAUUGGUUUCACUGUGUUCAGGGGAUUGAACCAAGCACCCAAUAAAAAGGUGUCUGUUCUUGGGACAGCUAUGCUGAACUUGGCAGAGCUUGCAUCCACUGCUGAGAAAGAGAUUGAGAUAACUGUUUCAUUGGUGCUGCCGGGUGUUACCACUGAGUCUCAUCCAACACUUCAUUUGUCUCUCAGCCUAUUGGAGCUGAGAACUUUUCAUGAAUCAUCAGAGACUGUGCAAAGAUGUAUGAUUCCCAUGGCAUCAUCACCCCCACCUGGGGAUACUCUACCUCCUGAGAAAGAUGAGUUAUCAACUCUCAAAGCUGGAUUUAGAAAGGUGAAAAUACUAUCUGAUUUUGUGUCAUCACGGAAGUCUAAAAAGAUAUGUCAUGAUGAUGAGGGUACUGAGGGUAAGGGCUCAGCUAGAAGUGAGGAUGGGGAAUACACUUACCCAUUCGACACUAAUUCCCUUGAUGAUGAUCUCGGUGAUGAGGAAGGAGAAGUUGGCAAAGAUGAUUAUUCAAGUUUUAGAAAAUCAUUCAGUUAUGGUACAUUGGCAUCUGCAAACUAUGUUGGGGGUUCAUUUUACUCGGACGUCAGGAUGAAAGGCGAAUAUGAGGACUGGGUGUACUACAGUCAUUGGAAAUCAGAUGUGGGUUCUUCACACAAGGAGGAGGCAACGGUAUCUACUUCUGAACAAGUUUCAUUGUCAACUUCAAAAAGGAGUAUCCUUCCUUGGAAGAAGAGAAAGUUAAAUUUUCGUUCUCCAAAGGCCAAAGGGAAGCCUUUGUUAAAGAAAGGCUAUGGAGAAGAGGGCGGGGAUGAUAUAGAUUUUGAUCGUCGACAGCUGAGUUCUUCUGAUGAAUCUCUCUCUGCAGAAGGCCACAAAGUCAACUAUGAUGGAGCUGCACACUGCUCUUUUGAUUUUGGGGACGACAACUUUGUCGUGGGCAGCUGGGAACAGAAGGAGUUUGUGAGCCGUGAUGGUCAUUUGAAACUCUCCACUCAAGUCUUCUUUGCAUCCAUAGAUCAAAGGAGUGAGCGAGCUGCUGGUGAGAGUGCAUGCACAGCUCUGGUUGCUGUUAUUGCUGACUGGUUCCAGUCCAAUGGGGCAAUGAUGCCCAUCAAGUCCCAAUUUGACAGCCUAAUUCGGGAAGGCUCCCUCGAGUGGAGGAACUUGUGUGAGAAUCAGACUUAUCAGGAACGUUUCCCUGAUAAACACUUUGACCUUGAAACAGUUCUCCAGGCAAAGAUCCGGCCUUUGGCUGUCAAUUCUGGGAAGUCAUUCAUUGGGUUCUUUCAUCCUGAAAGCAUUGAGAAUAUCACCGGCUUUGAUUUCUUGCAUGGGGCUAUGUCAUUCGAUAGCAUUUGGGAUGAGAUCAUCCAAGCCAGUAGUGAUUGUUCUGCUGAUGGAAGCCCUCAUCUUUAUAUUGUGAGCUGGAAUGAUCACUUUUUUGUCCUCAAGGUUGAGAGAGAUGCGUAUUACAUUAUUGACACACUUGGGGAGAGGCUUUACGAGGGUUGUGAUGAAGCAUACAUUUUGAAGUUUGAUGAUAGCACAUCAAUCUGUAAAAUUCCAAAUGAGGAGAAGCCUUCUCGCUCUGAAACUUCAGGUGCGGGAUUUAAGCAAGCUCAGGAGAAUAAUGUCAAGGAGGACUCCAAUGAUUAUGUUAGAAAUGGUGAAGAGAUAGUCUGCAGAGGAAAGGAGUCCUGCAAGAAUUACAUCAAAAGCUUCUUGGCUGCAAUCCCAAUAAGGGAGCUGGAGGCUGACAUCAAGAAGGGGUUGAUUGCUUCGACGCCACUGCACCACCGUCUCCAGAUUGAAUUCCACUAUACAGAGCCGUCAAAGGAGAUUCCAGCAACAGCAGCGGCAAAAUCUCUUGCAGAUGGUUCUGUUACUAUGUUUUCAUCCCCAGUAGAACCAGUUGCUGAAUAUUCACUAACACCUGCAUUGAACUUGGAGGUAGAGGUUGUAUAAUUAAUGAGUGCACCAAGUCAGUCUGAUGUUUAAAGUGUCUUCCUUUUUGGUCUGCUUGAGUUUGAUUUUGAAUGCCUGUUGAGUUGCUGUGUUGAUCUAAGAUGGACGGGUUUAAGUGAUCAAAGAAGAUCCUGUCCAACGGGUGGUCAGCCUAUUUUUCGUCGUUUAAUUUGAACUGACUAUAGUAUUUUCUUAUAUACAUGUUCGAUCUUGCUGAUAUUGUAAAGAAAUGGUGUGUAUCUGUUGUUUGAUAUCUUCUCCAAUCUCUUGGACUCCGAGGUUGUCUGUUUUUCCAACAUAAUGAAAACUACUACUUAUUGCUUA